UGCACUGUUACUAUUCUACACCUAACUAACCUUUUUACCCUUAACAAUUUCAUUCCACUGUGUGAAACACAGCCACCCAAACAACCUGCCCACUUACCCUACACUUUCAUCUCUGUUUCAUUAAGGAGGCUAGCACCAUCCGCAGACAUAGAGAUGGUAGCACCAUUAGACUCUACUAUGAGGUUAUGCAGCCAUGACUGUGACUCUCCUCACACGGGUCAAGACAGGCAACACUUACCCCUCUGUUUGAUCCGGGUGACACACUCUGGAACUUCUAAUGGCUCGGUUCCACCAACGCCCGAUAUUUCCACAGAAAUGACAAUUUGGCCUCGAUAUCGUUCUCGGCGGGACAUCACCCGGUUCGAAGUUUGUUCUCAUUUGGACAAAAACGCUCGUUAUGAAACACAAUUCUCAUCCGUGGCGACUUGGUCUCUUCUGUCAUCCCGGAUAGAUACGUGGAAGAAACAAGGCGUUCGAAAUCUUCGAGUUCAUGUCAUCUUUAGUCCUCUUCUUUCCCCGGAGACAGAAGUGUAUAAAGUCACGGGUCUCGUGAAACAUUACUCUCUCGAUCAAAGAUCUUAUUACGAAGAGGAAUAUCUGAUACGCGGUCCCAUACAUUCCACUGCUAUCGUUUCGUCAUUCCUCGGUGAAGGCAGAGACAUUCUGAUUAAUAUCCCUUUAUUUGGAUAUCGUUAUUCGUUGUCGUUCAUCCAUCGGGACUCGGUUCUAGUUGCGUUACCCGCAGGGUUCUUCGCCAGUGGUGAUAACCUUAAUGUUUCAGAGUACGAUAUCAUGGAUCGUGUUCGAAGCAUGGCUGGCAGAUUACAACUUGCAGGCACCAGUGAUACCAGGUACAGGGUUCUGCUGGACAUGCUAUCAAGGGGCCGCCUUUUCUCAGUCGCUGAUUGGCAAAACUUUAUGGUGCCCACAAUAUAUCCUAUCGUGAAUUCGAUAUAGUUAAUACUAUAGCUACAUAAAAUAUAAAAUCUGCAAGUAAACAGGUCUAGGUGCUGCGGGAAAUCCGCCGCAGCACUAUGACUUUUGUGGCAUGCUAAGCAGCCUCUAGG